UUAAUUUAAAUAAUGUGGAAAAGAUUGAUAACAAAAUUUCUUAGAUCUGAUGUCAAGAAGCGUCUGAACGAUACUGGCGGGAUCUUUAGUUUUGUUUGUCGAUUUAAUUCUACUGGUGCUUCAACUUCAACAAUUUAUGCAUUAUCAUCUGGUCAAGGAAAAUGUGGAGUUGCUGUUAUACGAAUUUCAGGGAGUAGAUCAUUAGAAGCAUUAAAAAAAAUGACAAAUUUAUUAAAUCCUUCUCCAAGACAAGUAUUUUUACGAAAAAUAUACGACCCAAUUACAAGAGACAUUAUCGACAAAGGUUUAUGUCUUUGGUUUCCAGGCCCAAAUUCAUUCACUGGUGAAGACAGCGUAGAAUUCCAAGUACACGGAGGCCCAGCAGUAAUAGAAUCUUUAAUGUCCGCUCUAUCAAAGCUUAAGUUCAAUCCAGCAGAGCCCGGUGAAUUUACAAAACGCGCAUUCUAUAACGGGAAACUUGAUUUAACUGAGAUAGAAGGCCUAGCAGAUUUAAUUCACGCAGAAACAGAACAGCAACGCAAGCAAGCUCUCCUUCAAGCAGGCGGAAGCCUCAGUAAUUUAUACAACUCAUGGAAAAAAGAACUGUCCACAUCACUAGCGAAUAUCGAAGCCUACAUUGACUUCAGUGAAGAUGAUAAUAUUGAACAGAAUGUAUUAGAAAAUUGUAAUGAAAGGAUUAGAAGUCUUGUUGGGGAAAUUUCAAAACAUCUAGCCGAUGGCCGACGUGGAGAAAUUUUACGCUCCGGAGUACGUACUGUUAUCAUCGGACAGCCUAAUGUAGGAAAAAGUAGCCUGCUAAAUUAUUUAGUACGCAGAAAUGCUGCUAUUGUAACUCCAAUAGCAGGAACUACUAGAGAUAUUGUUGAGUUGAAUACAAAUAUAUCAGGAUAUCCUGUUAUUUUAGCAGAUACUGCAGGACUUGUUACCUCUACUAGAGAUAUUGUUGAAGAAGAAGGUAUAAAAAGAGCUAGAUCUUACGCCGUCACCGCUGAUUUUAUCAUUCUGAUGAUUGAUAUCUCAAAUUAUUUAUCAAGUUGUAAAUCAUUCAGUGAUUACGUGCGUUAUUAUAUUGAUUCGCUAGACAUAAAUGAUUUAAUUAAAGACAAACAGACAAAUUUUAUUGUUGUUGUUAAUAAAAUUGAUCUAAUUAAUGAAGAUUAUGAAAAAAUAAUAAAUGAUUUGAAGAAUUAUGAAGCCGUACCGAUUUCUUGUGAUAAAGAAGAUGGAUUUAGUGAUUUAUUAAAUGCAUUGACUGAUAAAUUUAAAGAUAUUUGCGGAAAUCCAUCGAGGGAAAACCCGACGAUAAGUCAAACAAGACAUAGAAUCCAUUUGAUAAAUUGUGUUGAUUAUUUAAAUAAUUAUUUGGAGAUAAUAAAUAAAUAUGAGUAUGAUAUGGUAAUUGCGGCACAGCAAAUACGCUUUGCAAUGAGAGAGUUGGGUAAAAUAACUGGUCAUGUUAGCAGUGAAGAAAUUUUAGAUAUUAUUUUUAAAAAUUUUUGUAUUGGAAAAUAAUAAAAACACUUAUGAAUAAAUUA